GUUGUACUACUACCUACUACUAUUACUACUACACGGCAACAGCGCCAUCAGCUAUCGUUGUGUACCGAUCCGCGCCGAGUGUGACAGGUGGCCGUGACGGCGGCUAACGUUGUCUAGUAACUACACGAAAACCGAUAAUACCGGUUUAGCCAUCACUUUCUACCGAAGAGUUAUCCUGGUCAGAUGGUGUUGUGUCUGCACAUACGCCGCGAGCGCGUGCGGACGUGAAUGUUGCGCAGUCGUUCGCUAGCCUCGCGCCGCGUAGCCUACUAAGUGUUGACGGUCGUUCGGUUCGAUCGGAUAUUUCCGCCAACGUUUUAAUAUUAUUUCAUUCGAGAACUUUUCGCGACCCCAACGCGUUCCGUAGCCGAUCGUCCGUUCGUAAUCGAACAAAACGACGACGACCAGGUCGUCUCCAUAACGAUUUUCGUGUGCCAUUGCAUUCAACCGUUGCUGCGUAUCGAAACACUUUACAAUGCCGGACUCGACAAACACUGAUGACGCCGCGGCCAAGAAGUUCAAGACUAUUAUGGAAGAGGGGUGCAACGUGCCGGUUGACACCACACGACCCAAAAACGUUCCGGAAUGGUUCGAUGCGGAGUUGUUCAGCAGAGGACAAAAGUAUUUUUAUUCCAAUUUCUAUUCAAUGUUUGCUUCAAAUUUGAUUGGAUUAAUAUUGGUAUUAACAGUUCCAACAAUAUUGGAUGUAUUAGUGUUCACAAAUAAAUCUUCUGAUCCUUAUACCGCUUUUAGGAGGUAUCUUGAUACCAUUAGACACAUGCUGAGGUGGUAUAGAUACGACGUGACAAAUUCUAAAUCAAAAUCUCAAAUGUCUGUGGCCAUUGUACACGGACUUCACUGUGCUGCAAAUCGAGUAUCGAAUAAGUCUGGACUCGGACUGCGAGUAACUCAAAAAGAUAUGUCAUUAACUCAAUUCGGUUUCAUGGGCUUAUCGUUGUUGAAAAAAAAAGAAUUAGCUAUUGUAGGCACUGAAGAAGACGAAAGGGCCCUUUUGCAUUUUUGGCGUACUAUUGGCUUCAUGUUGGGAAUUCAAGACAAGUACAACCUGUGCAGCGGAUCGCUGGAGGAGGUGCGGGGCACGUGCGCGCUGAUCCUGCGCGACGUGUACGGGCCGGGGCUGCUGAGCCCGCCGCCCUCGUUCGAUCACAUGGUGCAGGCGCUGCUCGAAGGCAUGAAGCCCAUCUCGCCCAUGCUGGACAUGGACGCGUUCCUGGCGUACUCGCACGAGCUGUGCGGCGUGCCGGUGCGCGCGCCGCUGGUGGCCAGGUACAGCCGGUGGAUGUACAACGUGCAGGUGUACACGCACUCUGUGCUGCUGAGCCGCGCGUGGCUGGCCGUCGUGUUCCGGCCACUGCUCAACUACAACAUGAGGUUCUCGGUGUGGCUGAACAUCAACUUCCCGAUCGGCGCGGCGCUUCGGUUCGGCACCAAAGUGUUCCACCGGGUCCAGGACAGCGCGGCCCCGCACGCGGUGGCCGCCACGCACUCGGUUGCCGCCGCGCACUCGGUAGCCGCCGCGCACUAGACGCGCAGACGCGCAGCCGCCGCCGUGUGCCGUGGCUGCUCGGUAAACCGCCCCUAUACUUCACCAUAACUGCGUCACCGACAGUCGUAAUAAUUGUAGUGUGUAGUGUUAUGUUACGUUUUUUAUUUUAUUUUAUAAUAUUUGUUAUAUUGAAAACCGUUCGGUUUUAGAGCGUCCUCCGACCCCUCCCCCCCAAAUUGGAUUCGAAAUGACGAAACGGUAACGGCCGUUCGUUCGAAUCGCUCGAGAUGAAUAAAGUCCCUCGAGUUCGAAUUCGCGGAAAGUCCAGUACCGAUACUAAUUUUUUUUUUAUUUUUACAUUUUUUUUUUACGCAGAUACGUUUAAGACGAAUGAUAGUAAGAAAAAGUGAACGGAUGCGCGUUUGUGACUAGCGGUGGUGCCCCGUGACAACGUUAUAUUACACCAUGAUAUUAAAAACCGAUCGCUUUUAGCGUGCCCCCCUUUCACCCACUUAAAUGUUCAUCCCCAGCAAAACUCUGUUGCCGCGUUUCCGAGCUAUAGUAUGUGCCUUAUACUUAUCGACGUUUCUAAACAUAUUUUCAAUCGCGUACCCCCAUGACCUCUUGCAGUCCGUUCACGCUUCUAUCGUCAAUUCGAAAUAGAAACGAUACGAUAUUAUACGUUAAGUUAUAAUUAUUUAUUUUAAUCACUUAUAAAAUAUAGUGUUAUUAUGUAAAUGUAAUGUUAGCAUAAUUAUACAACUAUUGUUGUCUUCUUUACAGACCUUACGGGAAUGUUUCAACUCAGGUUUAUCGAUUAAAUUAAUUAUUCAUUUUUUAAUAUUUAUUUCCCAUUUUCGAUGAUCGUUUACUGUUGUGCUUAUAAAAGUUUCAUUGUACAUCCGUCACACGUGUUUUGGAAUUAAAAAUAUAUCGAUAUCGACCGUGACCUUUGUCCUAUACGUAUAUCGGUUGUAGUUAUGCAAUGUUAUCGAAUUCGUCUUGAAAAUUAAAGUUCAGUUACGUAAACCGUGUGAACUUAUAAAUCAUAUUUCUAAUCAUAAAUCACGACGUGCCCAUAUAAUAUUUGUAUUAUAAAUAAAUUAUAAUUUAUUACUUAUUAACGUGUAAGAAUAUUUAUAAGUAAUAACUUAUGAAUAUGAGAAUGCCGAUUUAUAUCCGUUUCCUCUCUGUAGAUGGGUUUAAAUAGGACUUGAAAGAUUCCGUAAACGUUUCUGGGACUCUGGGUUAAGCACAACAUAGGUAAAUUCUAUAAACAAAAUAGGCCGGUUUAUAAUAUUAAUGAAUAAUUGUUAAAUGGUGAUUACUGAUUAGUUAUUUAGU